AUGACCCCCACACCUCCGUCCGCUGCGACAUCAUCCUCGGGUCAUUCGCCCGAGGAGCAGUUUAGGGUGGUCCGUCGCCGAAAUAGGGUGCCGCUCAGUUGCUAUCCAUGCCGAACGAGAAAGUUGAAAUGUAAUAGGGGAACCCCAAGUUGUGAGAACUGCGUCAAGCGUGGUGACACCCAGUCAUGCGUUUACGCUACUCCAACGAGUCGGAGGAAAAACCAAAGUAGUGCUGGAGCUUCUUCGACUCCCGAUGAUAUGCAGAAUCGUAUUGACCGUCUAGAAGGUUUAGUUCUAAGUUUAAUGCAUGGCGGCGCCAACAUCGAAGUAUCUACCUCGGCAAACGCCGCUCCUGCGGAACCAUCUUUAACUGAUAGCUCCUCGAAUAAUAUCGAACGAGAUGAUGAGGGUGCCAUGAGAGACGAUCCCGAAGUCGAAGGAGAUGGCGAUGAUAGCGACGUAGAUGACGGCCUAGCUACUUCCCUAGGUGUACUGAAAGUCGACGCGGAUAAGGGGAAGUCAAUGUACAUCGGACAGGAACAUUGGCACGUGCUCUUGGCCGAUAUUGCCGAAGUGAAGAACUUCUAUACUUCCCACAAGAAGGACCUCGAAAACAGUUAUCAGAGAGUUAUGUCUUCGAAACCUGCGACCGCUCGAGAUUCGCCCAUAUUUCUGUUAUCUGCACCGCCAGCCACAGAAGUCGAAUUAAGAGCGGAGCUUCCUUCAAGGACAGCAAUUAUGACGUUAGUUUCGAGAUAUUUCAAUUCUUUGGACACUGCGGCAAGUAUAGUCCACGGGCCCACAUUUCAGCAACAGCUCCGCAGUCAUUGGCAGGAUCCAUCCAAGUCGACCGUUAUGUGGCUGGGCCUCCUUUAUGCCAUGCUGUGUUUGGCGAUGCUUAGCUAUCAUAAGGUAGGAGAUGAGCCCCCUGAGUGGAAAGGUAGGUCUUUGGAACUUGCGGCAGAAUACCGAUUGCGGACAGUACAAUGUCUAGUUGUCGCAGAUUAUACUAAGCCGGUUGAGUACACCGUGGAAACACUACUACUCUACCUAUUCGGAGAAUAUUCUUCACGCUGGGAUGCGGAUCUUUCACUCUGGAUCAUUACAGGUAUAAUCACGAGACUAGCUUUCCGAAUGGGCUACCAUCGAGAUGCGGACUGGUUUCCGUCUGUGACCCCAUUCCAAGGAGAAAUGAGGCGGCGGACAUGGGCCUUAAUACGCAUGUCCGACAUUGUAUUCUCAUAUCAAGUGUCUUUGCCUACGAUGAUCUACGAGCACGCUACCGACACAAAACUUCCACACAACAUAUUCGACGAGGAAUUCGGGCCCAACAGCAAGACCUUGCCUAAAUCUAGGGUGUUGUCUGAACCGAGUCCGAUUGCUUAUAUGAUCGCAAAGACGAAGUUAUGUAUUGAAUUCGGAAAUAUUCUUCAAGCUGUCACACGAGUGGGCAAGCAAAUUAACUACGACGAGAUCCUACUCCAUGACCGAAAGCUCCGCGAGAUCAUGAACGAAUUUCCACCGCACCUUAAGAUUCGACCGUUAGAAGGAUCUCAUGACCCGGUAACGCUCAUCAUUGCGAGAUUUAAUCUCGACAUCCUCUAUCAAAAGGUUAUGUGUAUGUUACAUAGGAAACACAUGAUGCGCGCUCGGCAAAAUCCGCGAUACGCCCACUCGCGUCGCAGUGCGAUCGAGGCCUCGCUAGCGAUUUUAGGUCAUUUGAGAACCAUAUACCGCGAAUGCCAACCAAAUGGCCGACUUCGUUCUAUGAAAUGGUAUGUCUCAGCUACGUCAAAAGACACGUUACUUCCAACUGUACUAGUGAUUCUCGAUCUCCACCAUGACCACGCCGCCGCCGUUUCUGGUAAACGUCAGGAUUCGCAAACCGCGUACUUCUGGACACCAGAACAAAGGCAGGAAAUGAUCAGUGCUUUGGAAGGGGUCUCUGAUAUCUGGAAGUCGUUAUCUCAUGAAUCGGUGGAAGCCUAUAAAGCUGCGAAUAUUCUCGAGAUUAUGUUAGGAAAGAUUAGGAACCCAGAAGUACCAGCGGGGCCAGCAGGGCCGACGGGGCCAUCCGACGCGCUUUUCUCGAACUUUGGCGCCGAAAUGCUACCUGAGCAUUCCGCGGCUAUGACUCUCGGUAUGCUCUCAGGAGGAUUAGCGUCUACUGGUACUGUCCAGUCUCCCGGCGGAACGACUUACCCACCUGUAGGCCCGAAUGUAAAUAUGGAUCUUGGUGUAGGAACGGGAACUGGACUUACACCUGAAUUCCAACCUGAUAAUCUUGGUACUGUCAACAACGCUGCCUCGCCCUUUUCUAUGUUCACCAGUUUGGGCGGAGGAGGCACUUUGGGAUUGGACAGUAACUUCGAUUGGGACGCAUUCGAGAACUACGCGCAGACAGCUACUUGGGGACCAGAUCAAUCAUCGUUCCAAUUCUUCGCCGGUAACCCUGACCAACAAUCUCAACAAGGAUCCUCCGAUGGUUCUUUCACAUUCCUCAAUAACCCCGGUACCCCUGGUACUUGA